GCGGCCAGCUAGCAAGCAGUUGCUGCUUUUGCUUUCAGCUAGACAAGACGAUUGCCUGAUUGUUUGACUCUUUGCCUCCACAGUGUGGGGUCUCCGGUAUGGGCCAGAGCAAAAACAACAAUCAUAAUAACAAUACAAUAAACACAACGCCGUCGCCGUCGUCGGCACUCGAAAAAGCAGCAGCAGCAGUAGUAGUAGUAGCUGUAGUAGUAGGUCGUUUUGUUAUGGCGUUUCGCUGAAAGUGGGGGCUCAGCUAGAUUUUUGCAAACUGACAGCUUAGUGUGCUUUUAUACCUAGACUACGAUAGUUCGUUCAGUCGUUCUCAUCGAACAGUAAACGGUCGUUAUAUGUUAUUUACAUACGAUACGAAUGCGUUUUGUUAAACAAAUUCUCUACAAAUAAACAAAUUAUUACUUUUUUCCAUACCUACCAAAUGUGUGAAUGUAUUUGUGUAGUUUGGGGGUUAUAAUACAAAAAAAAUCGCAUAAAUAACCAAUUAAAUGGAAUUUAUUGAAGAAGAAAAAAUUGAGUGUAUUUGCGAUUAUUAGUUAAGCAAAAAUUCCAAUAAAAUCAAAAAAAAAAAAAAAAUCUGUGACAUAGUGAUAAAACAAGUUAAGCUAACGAAGGAAAAACGACAACAUCAUUUCAUAACCAAGCAUAUUUGUUUAAAGUCGUCUCACGGACCACCGCCUAUCCAACUCCCCUAAGCCCACAGUCAACAGUUGUUUGAGAACAUAAAAAAUCUCAUGGUGAUAUAUACAAAGUAACAACAACAAUAACAGCGAAAAACACAUUAUCGCCAUUAGAUCCCCCCGAAGCAGUGCACUACCACUGGACUACUGGUCAAGUCUAGUUAUUGCUGGACAUAGAGUUUCGAGUGCAAAAUAAAGCAAAACCAAAACAAAACUUUAACUUGAAACUUUGCUAUACACCAACAACUACUACCAGCUUGGAAUAGCAGCAACAACAUUAUUGGUUGGAUACGUGUUCACAAUUUGGAUUUAGAAAUCAAGUAGAUAAAUUUUUUACACCCCACAAACCAAAACGACGACGACGACGACAACAACAAUGGAUAUGGCUGGAGGUAUACACGAUCCCAAAUGGAGCUUAGAACGCCGUGAAUCAUCUGGGCAUUUGGUAUGGCGAAAAGAAUCGCCCAGUGCUCGUAUUCGCUUUCGUUUUGAUGUGGAAGUUCUGGAAUUCGAAAAACAUCCACACGAAGAUAUGGAUCAUCAUGAGAGUGGAAUAUCUUUGAGCAAUAUCUCGUCGACAGUUGUUAUGUGCGCUACAUGUGUAGCGGCUGUGGCCGUAAGCGUAUUCUUACCUUGGUAUUUAAUGGAAAAGGUUGGAAGUUUUUAAAAUCUGAUUCUUACUGAUGUUACUUACUUUUGCUCGAUAAGAAUUAGGCUCAAAACUAAAGAGAAGUGUGUGUUUAAAAAUACAUACGUAUGAUUGUAUAAUAAUUACUAUUUUGUAUUUUGGUAUGGAAAACAACAAAAGCAAAUAGUUUGUAAUUCGUUGAAAGAAACUUAAAUUGUAGCCUUGGAAAGAAGGCUGUUAAAACAACAACAUGCAACGUUGCAUUGUUGCAAGUGAAACUAUAUUUUUUGUGUAUAUUUAUCUGUAUUAUACAGAUACAUCUGUGAUGGAAGUAACCUAGUUAUGUAAAUAUGUAUAUGAUGACUGUAUGUAUUUUUAUUUUAAUAUUAUUCUACUUUUGAUCAAAAUUUCUUUUUAAAUUUGUGAAAAUUGAGACAAAAGAUGAAGUGGCGAGUUAAUUUACUUUCCCAAAGUUUUUUUCCAAAAAAAAAAAAAUCGAAAUAAAAAAAUUGGACAUCUAAAUUUUGUAUUUCCAAUGAUUAUUUUGAUGAAUAAACUUAAAAAAAAAAAUAAAUAAAUUUUGUAUUUCCAAUGAUUAAUUUGAUGAAUAAACAAAAUAAUUAAUUAAAAUUAAUAACACAAAACGUUAAACUUUCGCCUUUAAUUCAUAUGCCAUUUUCAUUCUUGUAUCAAUUUUCCCAAGUAUUUAUUAUUUUUAUAAAUGUUUUUGCAUAGGUCCAUAUUAGAGUAUGAAAAUCUGUGGGAUCGAAAACAUUAAUUUAGCUUUCCAUGACACCUUUAUCUCCUUGACAACCCUAAGACAUUAAUAAUAGUUGACAUGACAUUUUCCAACUCCUUUCCUAUAAGACUAACAACUUGUGAGACUGAGAAGAAUACGAUCUUUAAAUGUGAAAGUCUCAAAGAGAAUGGUUACCAAAAACAAAACUUUUCACUUGGCAUACUCUAAUAAAGAGCAUUAAUUUUUUGGCGUUUUCAUUAUUCUAUUAUUUAUAUUUGAAUAUUAUUAUGAAGUACAUGCUCUGUUGUAUCAUAUUUUCUCUUAGCUUAAAUGUAAACAAACUUAACAAAUAAUUAAUUAAUUAAUAUUAAUUUUUGUUUAUAUAAAGUGGGUUUGAACAUUUUUAUCUUAUACUUGGUAUAUUUGUUAUAUGUAUGUAUGUUUGUUUGUAGUUAGUAUUAAUUAGUAAUGUAAGUUCGAACUGCCCAGAAUUGUAAAAUAUGAAUAGGUUCACAAAGAAGUGUAUCAAACUAAAGUUUAUUAAGUAAAUAUAACAUUAUUAAUGA